UUAUAACCCAACUUUCCCCAUAUUAGCACAUCAUGCCUUUAUAUAGAGACGAUAGCUUUCUUGUUGUGCAUCCAGGAUCUCAAAAUACGAUAUUUUCGUUUGGAUUACUGGACUCAUUGAGUCCUCCUCAAUAUAAAAUUCCAUCCGUGGUGUAUAAAAAUACUUCUACUAACGAAUAUCGAUCCAAAAGGGAAGAAAAUGAAUCCACAUUGAUAGAGAUACACCCCAUCAAGGGCUCUAGGAUUGUUGAUCUUGAUGCAUUCAAUCAUUUACUCAAAAUAAUAUUACAAAGUGUUAUCAGUAAUAAUCCAAUAAUUACAAUUAAUCAAAUUCCUUUAUUAUUAGUAACCCCAAGUUUGAAAUGGUCACGUUUUGAUGUCGAGCAUGUUACUAAAUACGUUUUUGAAUCGUUGGAAUUCACCGCUUUCAAUAUUCUUGAUUUAUCAAUUGCAUCUACAUUUGCAAUUGGUGCUUCAACCAAUUCUUUGGUUGUUAAUGUAGGACAUGAAUCAACUCAAGUUGUUCCAGUUUUGGGAUACCAGCUGGUAAAGUUUGCUUCUAAAUACUUGGAAAACGUCGGUGGGAUAACCAUAGAUGGAGAAUUGAAAAGAUUAUUACCUCAUUUGAAUGAGGGUCAAAUUAAUGCCCUUAAAACUUCAAAUAUUUAUGAAGUAUUAAAUGACACUGAAGGGUCUUUCUACUCUUUUGAUGCUUUGAAUACUGAAAAAAAUGAUGAAGAUUUCGAUGUUGCCUCGUACGUUGCCAAAGAAGAAGGUGGAGAAAGCCAAAUGGAUAUUGAUGAAAAGAAAGAAGAAGAAGAAUCAAAACCUAAUUCUGAACUAGAAAAAAACUAUUUCUUAGAUCCAGUUUCUAAUGAAAAAAUUUAUAUCGGUAAAGAAAGGUUCCAAGGUACUUCUAAAUUGGUUUCUCAAAUUGUAACUGCCAUUCAUAAAACUUUAACUGCUAUCCCGGAUUUAGAGAAAAGACAAGACUGUUAUGAAAAUUUAAUUUUUGUUGGUUCAACUUUCAAUAUUCCAGGUUUAAAAAGGGCAAUCAUCACUAAGCUUAUUGAAAAUCACUUAAUAAAACCUCCUAGUGAUGCUUCUAAAACUAGUGAUGAAGAUAAAGUUAAUUCGGCAAUUGCUGCUUAUCAACAAUCUGAUGAUCCUUAUGCUGCUAAUGAUAAUGUCGCUCUUAAUCAAGUUCCUACAACCAUUAAGGCAGUCAAAUACCCCGAUUAUUUCCCUGAAUGGAAGAAACCAAAAGAAACAAAUGGCUCUUGGAAUGAUGUCUACUUCCUUGGUGGCCAAAUUUACUCUAAACAAAUUUUUGGUGCUAACUCGAAUCAUGGAGGUGAUUCUUUCCUCGACGCGGACAUUUAUGAAGACAGAGGCCCUCAAGCUAUAUGGGAUGUAGCUCUUUAGUCCCUCUUACCCUUUCAAUGUAUAAUUCUGUAUUAUUUAGAGCUAAACCUAAUUUCAAUAUAUCAAUUGCAAAAUUACUUUGCAAGACGCGU